UACUUCAAAUUAUUUUCAAAUUUCAACAUAACCAACAAAAUCCUCAUUUUUAUUAUUUUUGUAAUCAGUGCCCAAAUAACAAGAAAAACCAUCUAUAUAGGAAUAAAAUGUUUAACAAACUUAAAAUUCUCGUAUUUUCUGAUACGUGUUUAAGCAUAAACCAACAGUCUCGAUGUUUAGCGAGGUGGUCUAGUCGCAAGCCUGCCAAACUAAUUGCUGCUGAAGAAUAUGAUGAAGAAGCAGAUAAACAUUUACCAAAAGAUAAACCGGCGUGGUCUGUGAAUUAUUUUAAAAACAAAUCACUUGAAAAUAACAGGUCAAAAGAUAUAGAGCCAAUUACAAUUUCAAAGAAGGGAAUGUCUCCUAAAAUCACAAUGGACAUGUUAGAAAGUACAACAGACGAAAAUGGUGAUUUUAUUUACACGAAAAUGAAGAAUAAUGAUCCUAGGAUAAGUCAGUUAUUGACAGAAAUAAAGUCGAACAAAGAAAGAGAUAAACGAGACCUUAUGCUGCUCGAAGGAAAGAGGUUAAUAAAAGAUGCCCUUGAUGCGAAGUGCAAACUCCAGUACAUUCUGUUCAGUAGAUUUGAUGAAGUAGAUUAUUUAAAACCAUCAAUUCCUAAAAUAGGAGCAAAGUUGUAUAAAAUGCCUUUAAAAGAAAUGCAGAUGUGGUCCGAUUUAACAACGUGUCCUGGUAUAAUGGGAAUAUUCAAAAUUCCUGAUGUUGCAUCGCACAGUGUCCCAAAAGGUGCUCUUCCAUUAACCAUUGUUUGUGACAAUAUUAGGGAAGCAGAUAACUUAGGUGCUAUUUUAAGGACUAGUAGUGGCGUCGGAUGUGAACAAGUACUUUUAACAAAGGGUUGUGUAAAUGUGUGGGACUCAAAAGUACUGAGAAGUGCAUGCGGAGCUCAUUUUAAACUUAAAAUUAAGAAAAAAGUUGACAUGGAUACUAUUAUAGAAGAUCUGCCUCCAAACUGCAACUUCUUUAUUGCUGAUAAUAAAGUUAUAUCAAUGACUAGCAUUGAUGAAAAUCAGGAUAAAAAACUAUUGUCCAAGUUAUUAGAGUCUAUUCCUAUUGUACCUUAUUAUGGACUAAAUUUCACUCCGAAUAAACAUAAUGUUCUUAUUGUGGGCGGCGAAACGGAAGGUAUUAGCUUGAACUCUUAUAGUUUAGUUUCAAAUUUAAAUGGAGUCAGACUUAAUAUUCCACUGGGAAAUAAUGUUGAUAGUUUAAAUGUUGGUACAGCACUUGGAAUACUUGUUUUUGAAAUGAAGAGGCAGUACCUAUCUAAAAUUCAAAAUGAUACUAGCGACUGUGUAAAAGGUGAGGUUGUAUAAAAUCUAUAUUUGUUAGGAUUAAGCAAUAAAAAUGUAAAAUAUU